CUGUAGUACUUUGCAUGAGGGAGGCGGGGCCGCGCCUGCGCAACAAGUUCGGCGGGGAAGAUGGCGGAUGACAAGGAUUCUCUGCCUAAGCUUAAGGACCUGGCAUUUCUCAAGAACCAGUUGGAACGCCUGCAGCAGCGUGUGGAAGACGAAGUCAACAGUGGUGUGGGCCAGGAUGGCUCGCUCUUGUCCUCCCCAUUCCUCAAGGGCUUCUUAGCCGGCUAUGUGGUGGCCAAACUGAGGGCAUCAGCAGUAUUGGGCUUUGCUGUGGGUACCUGCACUGGCAUCUACGCAGCUCAGGCAUAUGCUGUGCCCAAUGUGGAGAAGACGUUGAGGGACUAUCUUCGGUCAUUGCGCAAGGGGCCCGACUAGCUCUGGAUCCCAUGGGGGAGGAAGGAUGAGCAUCUUGAACCUGCAGGUAGAGGCCUUUCAACCACAGACACCAUAUCUGGCUUCCCCAGCUAUCACCCUUUUGCUGUCUUCAACUUUUCCACAGUCUUCAUCCUUGCUCUCCUUCUUGCAAAAGGUGAAC